GGAAUGGAAAGCAUCGAAUUCUCCACACAAGCUCCAUGCCAGCCAAUCACGGGACCAAACCCGCCAUACCAUCACAUUACAAGCCGGACGUUUUUGUUCUCUGCUCCAACAUCGAAUCAAUCCAAUCCAAUCGAUGACUCCACCUCACGAUGGAAUGAUCGCAGCCUAGGCCACUUUCAACAGGCAAUGACAUGACAGCAGGCGCGACAUCACCAUGCGUUUUCGCACUCAGCUAACCCACGUUCCCACGUUCAGCAAGCUCACAGCAUCCCUCUCCUCACUGGGAAAAGUCUGUUGGAUGCGCCUAGAGGAUGGCGUCGUCCGAUUCACGAUCAUCCCCGACCAAGGGACCCAAGUCUGGGCCCAACUCCCAGUGGAAGCCAUCUUCGAGGAAUCCACCUACAUCCUGGAAUCCAACUCCGGCAUCAUCAACCUCGAAGUUCCCGUCGGCGCCCUGCACCGCGCCCUACGCUCUGCCGUAACAGCGACCACGUCACAGCUGCGCCUGACCAAAAAGGGCAACGUUCCACUCCUAGCGCUCACAGUGCAUGCCUCCUCUUGGACAGCGGGAUCCAACGCGAUCGGAAUCUCCGCGAGUGCAGGAGAGCCCGCGCCCGAAAGCGGGGGGUCUGGUCCCCGCGAGCGAGAAACCGUCAUCACGCAGGAAGUCCCCGUGAAAGUGCUGCAUGAGACAGCCGUGGAGGGACUGCACGAGCCGCGCUGUCGCGACCCGGACGUACACAUCAUCCUGCCCAGUCUGUUCCAGCUGAAGAGCAUUUCCGAGCGUUUUACCAAGUUGGCGGCCGAUGCCCGCGCCUCGGCUGGAAGCAGCAAUGUGGCGGCCUCCGCGGCCGCCUCGCCUAAGCUGGAGCUGUCGGCUAACAUGCACGGGUCGCUGCGGCUGGGGAUCGGGACCGAUGCGCUGAGCAUCUCAAGCGUUUGGACGGAUCUAGUCAACCCGCCGCUGGAUCCGGGACAGUUGUCGCCGGCCGAAAUUGAGCAGCUGCCCAGUGAGCGCAUGCGCGGGUUUGAUCCCGCUGAUGAGGCUGGGUGGGCUAAGGUACGGAUAGAUGGGAAGGACUGGGGGCGGGUUCUGAGUGUGGGGAGAUUGAGUCCGAAGGUGGUCGCUUGCUUCAUCCACGAAACAGCCCUCGUCCUCUACGUCUAUCUACCAGGGAGCUGGAACGGCGAGGACUCAUGUCUAACGUACUAUAUAAACUCAUACGCCGCCUAGCACGGCCCAGCCUAUCUGUAAACACAUCGCACGCAGACAUCGACAUUAUAUCAUGAAUAGGUACUAGUAUAAGGUAUGAAUUAUUACAGUAGUGAAAAGAGCACGAUUAGAAAAUCAUGCUCGAAGCCAAACAAAAGCCAAAACAGAACAAUCAUCAGACCAAAAUAGUCGAUCAUU